UGGACUCAGAAGUGGAUGCGGUGUGUGGCGGUUCCUGGACGCAUAAUUGUCCUUCGGCGGCGCGGCUCUGAAAGGUUCUCUUCCCUAUGUCCCGGCCGGCCUGGUUCUCUCUCCCCGCCUCCUCUUGCUCCUGCCGCUUCGACUUGGAUGGAGGACGAGGGCUCCUUGGACUGCUACUCAGCUGGUGAGGACAUUGUGGAGAAUGGCAAGGGUCAGAAGGGCGGGGAGCAGCAUGCCAGUGAGGACGGGGACGAGGUGGUGGAUUUGGAGGCCAACAACCAGGAUGUUGAGUUCACUGAGGAGAUAAUCAAUGUGGAGGGUAAGGAUAAGGAUGCCAAGGACAAGAAAGAAGGGGAUGAUAAGGACGAGAAGGACUCCAGUGACAAGUCCAAGAAGAAAAAGAAGCUGCCGUCCAUGGAGGAGGACAUUGGCAUCACCACCUUUGCUGGGGAACACAAGGGCUUCUUUGGCAUCAUCAAACAGAGGUACUCAGAUUUCCAGGUCAAUGAGGUGGACAGCCAGGGGAAGAUCAUCUCGGUGACCACCCAGACCAUACCUGAUGACCCUGAAGAAAUACCAGACAUGCCUGAGUGUGUGCCUGAGAUGUUGGAUGACACAAAGCUGCGUGAAUUGGAGAGGCUGCUGGGGAAACUAAAGCCCAAGAAGGAGGCAGAAGAGAGUGAACAGAAAGAGUCCAAUGAGAAGCAAGAAGCCAAGCAGAAUGAGGAAGAGGAAGUUGAGGCAGAGGUGGAGGAAGUAGAGGAUGGGAAACAGAAUGCUGCCAAGGAGGAUGGUGAGAAAGAAAAGGAGGACGGUGAGAAAGAAAAGGAGGACGGUGAGAAAGAAAAGGAGGACGGUGAGAAAGAAAAGGAAGAUGAAGAGAAAGUUGAUGGAGAGAAGAAGGAAGGGGACCAAGACCAAGACCAAGAUCAAGAUGAAGAGAAGAAGAAGGAAAAGAAAGGUCCAGAGAUUGAACACCUGCCAUCACUCAGUGAGGUGUGGAUCAAUGUGGACCUUGCCACCCCGGAUGACAUCAGUAAUGUACACCAGGCCAUCAAACACAAGUACCGUGGGAUGGACACUGUCUAUGGUGAGACUCCUGACGGAGGAAAGUACAUCGUGGCACGGAAGAGGAAAGGCGGACUUCAGAAGGAGAGAACACCAUGGCCCAAGGACCAGAUGUACACGACGUUUGUGCUCUUCAAGGAGAAUGUUGAGACAGUGGAGGCCAUAAACCAGAUCGCAUGGAAGGCCAGGGUGAAGCCAAGCUGUUUUGCCUAUGCUGGAACCAAGGACAAGCGAGCCAAGACGAGCCAGCUGGUGUCCGUCAAGGAGGUGUCCCCACAGCGGCUGUGGUUGGCCACCAAGAACCUCCGCUCUGUCCACAUUGGUAACUUCCACUUCACGGACAAGCCCCAGAGAAUCAAUCUCCAGUUUGGCAACCACUACCGGAUUGUUUUAAGGGAGGUUGAUGGGGCAGAUGAUGAGGUGUUAGAAGCUGUUGAGUCUUUGAAGACUAAAGGUUUUAUCAAUUUCUAUGGCACACAACCUUUUGGCAACAACAGCGUCUUUUUGCGUGGUGUUGGUUGUGAAUUACUCAAAGGCAACUGGCAACAGGCAGUGAACAAGAUCCUUGCUCCUCGAGACUCUGAUGUGCCAGACCUUCACCGCUGCCACACCACGUGGAAGGAGACUGGUGAUGCAGAGGCAGCCCUCAAGAUGUUGUGCAAGGGCUGGGAGGCCACAGUUGAGUCUCAGCUUCUGACUGGGCUUGUCCAACAGACUGGCAAUGAUCUGGUGGAGGCUCUCAACCGGAUUCCAAGAACCACCCGCUCCCUCUAUCUUCACGCCUACCAGAGCUGGAUCUGGAACACAAUUGCCUCGCGAAGAGUCAAGAAGUAUGGCUUGAAGGUGCUGCCUGGCGACAUAGUGCGUCGUAAGGGCUCGGAUAUGGAAGGUGAGUUCAUUUACAGGUACUCUCUGCUAUACGAUUGGCUUAUAUUCCUGAAAAUGCCAACGUUAAGCGAACGAUCAUUUAGCAAGUCAAAGAUUAAAUACAAAAAUAGGAAUAUGUUACUAUACUUUUAUACAUGUGUACUGAGGAGAGCAACGAUUGGAAUUCUUGGGACGUCUGAUCCUCCUUGGCCGUGGUCUUACACAUUUGAAGAACUGUACCAUAAACUGAGAAACACUGAAAUUCAGGACUUACAGAGGUGUUUGAUGUUUCAGGUGGUGCUGCCUCUACCUGGCUACAAUGUGGAAUAUCCCAACAAUGAGAUCAAAGAAUGGUAUGCUGAGAUGUUGGAAGCUGAUGGGCUCUCCUUCAAUGCCCUCAAGCAUGAGAUCAAGGCUUAUGCUGCACGUGGUGUGUACCGGCGGAUGGUGGUGGUGCCCACAAUGGUAUCAGGCCAGGUGUGCUACUACAGGGAUGCCACCAAGCCACUUCUCCAGUCUGACAUGGACAAGCUGUGGUCAGUCAAGGUGGAAGAUAACAUCUUGAAAGAAGGCCCAAAUAAGUCUGCUAUUGUGGAGAUGACACUUCCUACAUCCUCCUAUAUUUCUGUAGCUCUGCGAGAACUUCUCAAGCGAGACACUUCUUGGCAGUUCCAGGCGGCCCAGAACAUGCCCAGUAACGUGAUUGACCGAAGCAGAGACCUGAGCCGCGGUGGCCGUGGGCGUGGAGGACCCUGGAGGGGCGGUGACCGAGGCUCCUGGAAGCCCACACCCUGGGCCAAUACUUGGAGAGAUGACCGUGCUCCUGGCUGGCAGCAGGGCCGAGGUGGGAGGGGCAACUUCAGUCCAUGGGCAGACCAGGGCAGCUUCAGAGGCCGAGACUAUGGCUGGAACAGAGACCGCAUGGGGUAUGGAGCCCACGUGACCAGUCCUGGAUCCUGGGGUCGAGGAGAUAAGCGCCCCUGGAGGGGGGGAGAUAGCUGGGCCAAUAAGAGAGGGAGAUACUGAGUACUUGCUUGCUAACGUCACAGAGGCAUGGCAAUGGUGUUCUGCAGAUCAUGAGUUUGGUGUCCAUAGGCUGGUGUUGUCUGACCUCAUUGUACUUAGUGUUGGUCUGCAGAGGCAAUCAGAAGGCAUAGAUGUUCAAAAAGUUAAUGUAUUAAGUUCAAUUGAUAAAUGUUUUCAUGAUGGUGAACUGACUGGUUUAUUUCAGAGCAUCUCUUACAUUUAGCAGAGCACUAGUGUUAUAAGGAAAGUAAAGCUAUCAUACAUUAUCUUGAGAUGUAAUUAACUAGUUUCAGUAUAAGAGUUCAGCAUUGUCAGAAGAAAGGUGAGGUACCAUUAUGAUUUUUUUUUUUUUUUUUUUUUUUUUUAUAGAAUUUUAAACGUGUCUUUUUGAGACAAAUAUAGAAAUGUUUUAUCAGUAGUAAACUUGACUGUUUUAAUUUCAGUUUACUUGUUUUUAUACUGGCAUUAUGCUGUGUACUGGUUGUGUGGUUAAACCAGCCACAUGAUACUCAGAUUAUGUAGAUCUUAUGAGAAGAUCGAGUGGAAGGAGCUAAGUUCCAUGCACCAAGUUUGUAUAAGUUGUGUAUUACUUAAAGUUCUUGAAUGUUUACAUUUUAAGAAAAUAAUCUCUUUUGUCUGGUAAUUUUAGAAGAUUUUCAACAUUUAAUGAAAUCAAUAAUCAUGUAUGUAUUAGUAAA